UUACGAAAAUGAACUCACUAUAUUUCCUGUUUGUUUUAGAACAACCAAUAUGCAGCCCGGGUUGAGUUACAGCUUCCUAAUCAUAGUUUUCCUCAGCCCCCUGCUUGGAUCUAAGUCCUGCCAGAACUGUAAAGGGGAGAAAUGUGAUGCACGAGGAAUAUGCACUGAAGGAUGUAAGACAGGCUACACAGACAAGUACUGUCAGCAUCACUGUCAGGAGACGUGUGUCAACUCGACAUGUCAGGUGGACCCCAACUCAGGGAAGACCGUCUGUAGUGACGGCUGUGAGGAUGGCUACUGUGGACCUCGAUGUAAAAUACCUUGUCCUGAUGGAUGUCUGGCGUGUGACUGGCAUCACUGUGAGAACUGUACUCUGUGCAGGGCUGAUUUGUACGGUAGUAAGUGUGAACAUUCCUGCUUGCAGAAAUGUCAGGGCUUUGCCUGCAGUGUUGAAGGAACCUGUUUAGAAGGGUGUAUAGCAGGUCGUUAUGGCGCCCACUGCAAUAUGUCAUGUCUGUCCCCUUUCAGUCAUGUCACAGGUUUACUGGUCAAUGUCAGCAAUGUAAACUCGGACAUUUCGGCGACAAAUGUAAACAUCUGUGCCCCUCGUGUCUGACAGCAGAGGAAGAAACGUUGUACACGUGCAGGUCGGGAUGAAUGG